GGGCCAAUAGGCGCGGGCCGCUGCCCGCGGUGGGCGUGGCCUCGCUGAGGGGAGCGAGGAGGCCGCGGGCCGGGCCGGGCCGGGAGAGCCGAGGCCGGGGCGCCCGGUGUCCCCUUCCCAGCGCCUCCCGCCCGGGUCCAUGGGCAUGGAACCGGCGCACCGCGGCGCCGGGAGGGAGCUGAGACUGCACUUAGUUACUUGGAAUGUGGGCACAGCUUCUCCACCUCCUGAUGUCAGUAGUUUACUUCAGCUCGAUUCACUGGGCCCGACUAUGGAUAUGUAUGUUAUAGGCUUACAGGAGGUAAACUCAAAAAUCACCAAUUUUCUGUCUGACUUGGCAUUUGAUGAUCCAUGGAGCAUUUUCUUCAUGACUGUAUUGUCUCCCUUGGGAUAUAUCAAGCUCUCCUCCGUUCGCAUGCAGGGAUUGCUGCUUCUGAUCUUUGUGAAGCAUGUCCACCUGCCUUUCAUACGGGACCUUCAUACCCAGUUCACACGCACAGGCCUCUAUGGAUACUGGGGCAACAAAGGAGGAGUCACCAUUCGCAUGUCCCUCUAUGGUCACACAGUUUGUUUCAUGAACUGCCACUUGCCAGCUCAUAUGGAGAACACAGAGCAGCGACUGGAUGACUUUGAGAAAAUCCUGGAAAUGCAGUUUGAAGGAGAGAAUAUUCCAAGUGCCUUGGAACAUGAUGUUCUCUUCUGGUUUGGAGAUCUGAACUUCCGGAUCGCGGAUUACGGCAUACACUUUGUCCGGGAAUCAAUAAACAACAAGCGUUACAAUCUGCUCUGGGAAAAGGACCAGUUAAAUAUGGCAAAAAAGAAGGAAGCAUUUCUUCAGGAAUUCAUAGAGGGUCCUCUGCACUUUAAACCCACCUACAAGUUUGACCUUCAUUCGGAUGUAUAUGACACAAGUGAGAAGAAAAGAAAGCCAGCGUGGACAGACAGAAUCCUUUGGAGAGUGAAGAACCUCUGCCAGCAUGCGCCAAAAGAAGGCGAAUUCUCUGAGGAACAGCAGACAAUUUCUGUUACUUUGAAUAACUAUGUCAGUCACAUGAGCUAUGGCAUCAGCGAUCACAAACCUGUUACAGGAACAUUUGGGCUUGAGUUGAAGCCUCUUGUAUCAGAACCUUUGGUCACACUGAAUCCUGAGGGCGAGUGGAGUGCAGAACACGAUGUUCUCAUCAACUAUUCUGCAGUGCCUGAAUUCCCAAGCAGUGCCUGGGACUGGAUUGGACUCUUCAAGGUGACUUUCAGGCAUGUGAAUGACUAUGUUACUUAUUCCUGGGUAGAAGAUGAUGAAAUUUCUUCUAACAAAGGUGGUAAACAAGUUUACAUGAGUGCUGCAGAAAUACCAGAUGCGGGAGGAGAAUUCUUGCUUUGCUUUUAUAGCAAUAAUCUGCAGUCAAUAGUUGGUAUCAGCCAGCCUUUUCAGAUUCAGCCUAACAGAACAUUAAUAGGAAAGGAGCUGCCACAGGAAGAGAACAGUUGGAUGCAGAGACCUGACAAUCUGGAAUCACACGACGAGUUCUGAAGGCAGAAAGGGCAUUUAGUGGUCCCGAUUCAGGAGUCAGAUGAUUCUUUAUGUCUUAGUGAGAGUAAAAGCUUAUAAUCAGAAGAUGGAGUGAGACAGUGCAAGUAAGACAGGUAGGAUUGUUCAGAAACUUUGUAAGCUCAUAGGAGAUAAUUUAUUGCAGAAACAGGUAUUUUUAUUGUUAUGGGAAGAGUAAUUCUCUUGCACUGGAUAAGAACCAUACAAGUAGCACCUGCUGAAUGCUGUAUGUUUUAAGGUGAUAGACAUUUCUAAUACAAGGAUUUAACCUAAGGAAGUUGUGAUCUGUAUUAGAUUUUUCAGGCUUGCUUCUUUUUUGUAGAGGAUGUUUUAUUUAUGACACAGUAGUUACUAUACUGUAACCCCUCAAUCAUUGAUUGCCAGAUUUUUGAGUUUAAAUGAAGUUAUUUAAGAAGUUAUUUAUUAGAUAGAGCAGCUUACCUGGUUUUAAAGUUUUAUUUGCCUUUCAAAUGUUAGCUGGUUACCUUUGGGGAAACACAUGUGGCAACAGGUCACAUGAAACCAACAUCUUUGGAGUGUGUGAAGUCUCUUUUGGUGGUAGAUCCCUUUUCUCCAUGCCUUACUGAUAGCUGUUUGUAGGAUUUCCCAUUUCUCAUUUGUCCAAAUGGAGAUACAUUCGUCAAAAUGCACUUUUCCUGCUUUUUUUAAAUUCUUUUAUAAAGCAAAUUAGUAAUUUCUCUAUUGCAUUUCUCCCUCUGAUUUAAGAGAAGUAAAAUAACCUCACUUUUAGACUAGUCCCAGGCUCAGAGUUAACCAGGAUCCCACAGUUUCUGACAGGAAUUGCAGCUGAGCAGAGUUCCUGAAGCACUGGUUGGCAGAGCUCGUGGUACUAACCCCAACUGGUUUCAGUUGUCAUACUGAGUUUGGAAAUGUAAAGCCAAAUUUAAGUGCUUCCUUGGUAUCAUCCUGCCACAUCAUUGCUACACUUGCUACAGACAUGAUGUGGAUUGUCAAUGGGGAAUUUCAGUGGAACAGAUUCUUUCUCAUGGCAUCAUCUUUGCUAUGAAAAUUGUAAAUCUCUACAAUUUAUAGCACUAUAGGGCCUGCAAAAUUCCUGUUUUUCUAGAGGUGCUUAGACCUUAAUGGAUCCUCCCACUGGCGGGUGAAGAUGGACUAAGAAACAUUAUGUACCUUUAAAACCCUGAAAGGUAGGUAGUUAGCUUCAAAAAUGGUUUUAUUUCUUGAUGAGGAAAUGGAGGUCUUUGGAAAAGAUUAGGAGAGACACAACAUUCCAUAGAAUUUCAGACUAGUGCUGGAAAAGAGCACUUGUGAGUCUCCCAUGUUGUAGAUACACAGCCUCAAGCUACCUACCAUGUGUGGUAAGUAGAGUUAGUUACUAAUCACUCUUCUGUUGCUUAUGGAUGGAAGAGAGAAAAUGUAGUUCAAGUGGAAGAGCAAAGCAAAGGAUGUUGAUGUGUUUAUGCUGGAAUAUUGCUUCAGAACCCAGUGGAUUCCUUUGUCCUCAAAGCCUUAGUUGUUACAGGAUUCUUUUGGGAGUUAACACCUUGAUGUGACAUUUGGUUUGCAGUUACUUGCUUACAUCAUUUCACUGUAUAAAGUCUUCUGGGGUCUGGAUGUCUUUGUAUGCUGUGGAAACUCUUACAUAGGCUAACUGGCUAGGUAGUUGCAGUGUGGGGUUUAAGAACACUUGACUCUGUACAUUUUAGUUAGUGGUAUCUCAGCCUUAAUGCUUGGUGUUGGGAAUUGUUUCCAGUUGUAAGUAGUGAGGGCAGGUUUGGAGGAUACUGUGUUCAUUGCAUGGAUUAAAACUGUGUAAACUUGAGGUUUACACUCUAUACAUUCCUCUUACACUUUGGAACAACACAGUUUUCACAUCUGCCCUGGUCUUACAAGAACUAGUUUUGCACUAAAUCUGUCAGAUAUGUGACUUUAUGGCAAUUGAGGGCAUCAGACAAAUCCCUGCUGAAUUGCAAAGAACUUUUGCAGUUCUGAAGUUGUACUCGCUAUCUGAUUUCACUUGUGGAACUGUAUUACCAUGCUCCAUGCAAGGAGAUUGUGUGGAGAGCUCAGAGAAAAGUGGUCUUGGAAUUCCAGACCACAGCUGGCGCUUUAUUGUGGACCAAGAUCCAGUUUCUUCUAAUCAGGGUGCAUCUGCUGUUCAUGCGCAGCGCAGAGGGGGAGCCAUACAGCCGCUUUACAUGGGCAAGGAACUCAAGAUCCUUCAUGGCAUGUGAGAGCUGACAACCCUCUCUCAAUCUCAAUCACUGGACACAGAAGCUGCAUUUUGUAAACUAAUCCUUUGACCCACAGGACUUCACCGAGAAUGCCCACAGCAGCUGAGAUUGAAUCUGCUUCAGUGGUAGUAGGACACUGCACGCAACUGGGUACUUCUUUCUUCAGUAUUUUGCACACAGGGGCACUUCUGUUAUGACUGUUACCUAUGGUAGCUUUUCAAACUAUUCCAUCACCUGUAAUGAUGCAAUUUCUGAUGAAAUUUUCUUAAAACACCUUUCGUUGGAUGUUCUAACCACGGGAAAUGUUUUUAUACUCACAUGGUUUCUUUUCAUGUACCACUAAAAUAAAUCCUGGCAGUGAAGUGUUCUA